AUGGCCUCCAAACGAGCAGCGACAUCAACACUGCCCUGCAUUGCGCGACUCUGCUCGGCGCCGGCGCCGGCGCAAUCGCUAAAAACCACAACCACAGCGCCGCGCUUCCUCGACCACCUCGUCCGCUCCUACAGCCCCCAGCGUCAGCGACUAGUACCCGUACCACUAUCGCAACAACCAAAACAAAGAGAAUACCCAAGUUACACACCAAUCCGACCAAAACACACCAUCCCUCGUCCACGAAGCCAGCCCUCCUCCUCUCCCGAACCCCAAUCCGUUCCCUCCGACCAACAACAACAACCCGAACAACCCAAGCGCAACACCUCCCAAGUCCCGCAGUACGAGCUAACCUUCACCUGCAUCCCCUGCGACUUCCGGUCCAAGCACAAGGUCUCCAAACAGGGUUACCACCACGGGUCCGUGCUGAUCUCGUGCCCCAACUGCCGCAACCGACACGUCAUCAGCGACCACCUCAAGCUCUUCGGGGACCGCAGAGUCACGGUCGAGGAUCUGUUGAAAGACAAGGGGAUGAUGGUCAAGAAGGGGACGCUGGGCGAGGAUGGGGAUGUGGAGUUUUGGGAGGAUGGGUCGGUGACUGCGAGGGAGCCGGAGCCGGAGCCGGAGAGGCCGAAGAAGGAGGUGGAUAAUAGCCCGCCGGGGUCGACUUUUAAGAAUGUGAGGCCUGGGGAGGGGAAGAAGGAUGGGGAGGCGUAG